GGGGCGUGGAAGGGCCCGCCCCUUGGAAUGGGAUUGGUUCCCUUUUUCCCUUCAGCCAUUCAUUUUGCUUCUUGGUUGGAUAGGUUGAGAGAAGUAUGUCAUUAAGGUGUUGUCAAAAUCAGCCCGGUAGAUGUGGGCCGUUCCCUAGGUUUGUGGUUUUAGAUUUUCAAAGGGGCGGACUUAUCAUUGGUUAAUGGAUCAAGUUCCCGAAACUGGGCUUCUACAGCUUGAAAAAUGUCACUGUAACAGGAGGCGCCAAGGGGCUUAAGUGUAAUUCACACAGUAGAGAAAAUGACGAAAAUCCCUCAGGGGUUUGAUUUCAGUUUCUUAAAUGAUGAAGAAGCCAGGAAGAUCCUUCAGGUGCUGGAAAGAAAUGAGGAGCUCCAGAGGGCAGAGAAGGACAGGAUCAGCAAACUCCAGAAGACAAAGAGAGAUAUCAGAUGGCUUCAAGGAGUGACUGGUGAAUGGUUUGAAGAAAUUCAAAGAAAAAAGUUUUGCAAUGAAGCAGAUGUUAGCCAAAUGUUAAAGCAACCACUUGCUUACAGGCUGAGGAAGGGGAUGGCAGAAAAUGAGCCUACAGAAUUACAAACAUCAAGAUCGAAAAAUACCCUUAAUCCAAGAAACCCAACAUCCGUGCCUUCUGGGCAGAGCUUCAGAUCAUCGUUUGCUUCCCUGUUCUCAUUCAGAAAAUCCAGAAAGGAAACUUCAAAGCUUCAAUCACUGGGACAGAAAGGAUGUGACGGCCACCCACCUCCUGUGUCUGUGAAGGGAACCGCUUUGCAGGCAAAAAUACACAGUUCAUCUCCAGAAAAUCAACCCGUUGACGGUGCGUUUGUUCCCAAGCCAGCAGGUAUGAGGGAGGGAAGCAGCCUGACUUCGUGGGAUACUUCAUUGUUAGAAGAUGAAUUUUUCCAAGUUUUAGAUGAUUUGGAUAGCAAACUGGCUCAGGAACAAUUUCCAAGCUCAGUGGAUACCAGAACACCUCUCAACUAUGGAUCAAGAACACAGUCCAGUCCUUUUUACUCCAGUGGGAACAGACAAAGUAGUAUCACAGGAAGGCACAAAAAUUGCUACAGUGAUACCUCUAAUAUGUCUAUCUAUGACAUCUUAAGACCAAGAACCCCUAGGGAAGGUUUUAAAACCUUUUCUCCUAGAACAAGGACCAUUUAUGAUAUGUACAGGACAAGGGAGCCCAGAGUCUUAGAAGAAGAUUACGUGCAAAAGAGUGCUUUUGGUAGUGCUUCUCUGUGUUUUGACAGCAGGGAACGAUCAGCCUUGCCAGCUACAGGGUAUUUCACAGCAAGAAGCUUACAUUUUCCAGCCACAACUCAGACCAAGUGUGGGUUUACGCCACCAAGCCACAAGCAAAGCCCAAAGAGAACUCCUUUAUCCUCUAUCAUAUGGAAUAGACCAGAUUCUUCUAGAGAUAGGCAGAACCAGGAAGAGUUCCUGAGGGCACCAUCACCAAUGGAAGUUGACCCUGCUGACCAGUAUGUGUACCCCAGGUGUUUUCAAGAGAAGAGGAGGUAUGAAUUUUAUCGUUCACAGAGUGUUUACCCAAGUGUUGGUUUAAAUGUCCCCAUGGAUAAUGCAAUGAGUCCUGACCCAUUUGAGAACUCAGAGAAUAUGCCAUUCUACCAUGAAGAGAACUCAUUUACUAGGCCUUUCUCCAGCAAUACCUUUGGACGAAACAGGGAACAGAGAUUUAGACAAAGUCCUUUUUGGGGCCAACAGGAAGAGCAUUAUUCCUGGUCUGGAUUUCAUCAAAGCAGGAAAUCAUUCACUUCUUCUGACAGAGACUUUGAAAUGAUCUCCGUUGAAGCAAAUAGUACACGGGCUGGUCAUGGCCAUCGUGUUCCUUCUCAACACUGGGGCUCAUUUUCUCCCAGUUACAGAGCAAAUAUUUCCCGAGACCAGGAAGAGCCACGUGCCUGGCAGUUUGAUUCUCAGACAUCCACACUGGAGGGCACGGAGGUGUCCCAAGGUAGUAGGAGCCAGUCAGCUCAUUUCAGCACCCCAGAUGUUUGCUCCAUGGCUGGUUCAAGCUAUCAUAGCAAAUCUGGUGGGUUAGUGUCUCAACAGGACUGCUCUCCUACAGAAGUACUCGUAAACAGAGAACCUUACUCACUUGGCAUUGCUCAGACUCUAGCACCCUCAUUCAGAACUUCCUUUCCUCAGAAUCCUGAUGACAGAGGGGAUCCUCGGAGUCCCACCUUUCAGAAUCCCUCAGUCACUCUGCAGAAAAUUAAGCCUGCGUCUCUCCCAACAAGAAGCUGUACGGAAGUCACUGUGACCAACAGUGAUUCAGCGGACUCCCCACCUGUCACUGAAAGCCGUCCCAAUAUCUUGGUCACAGGAGUGAAUAAUGAGAAAGACCUGAAUGAAUCUAUUUUGCAAAAGGAUAAACAACUAAACAAGAUGGAUCAGACAGACAUGGUGGGUGAAAUACACGAACUUGUUUCACAGACAGUGAUUUCUACCCCUUUCCCUGAUUUUCAAAAUCCCCUCUCCCAGGACUCAGCCCAGAGUAGCAGAUUUGUUUUUAACGCAUCUAACACAGUAAGUUCAAAAAGGUUGCCUGGAGUCGUUUCCAGGAGAGAUGGCUCCAAAAGUCAUAAAGCCAACGAACUAAAAAAAGAGAAGAGUUACACUGGGGACAGAAAAUUUGCCUCCGCCAUUUCCCUUCCUUUCAUUCAGGACAGCAGGCCAUCAGCUUUUCCCAGCCCAGAUCAAGGUUGUCACCAGGAAUUAUCAGUAAGUGAUGACGAUAUUUCCAGCAUUAUUAAAAAUAACCACUGGAGUACUGAUAAUCAAAAUGCAGAGUCUCCAGGAAAGCCUGCUAUUUCAGAUACCAAAGAAGAACAAUGUGUCACAGCUUAUUCUGCCAACUGUAGCAAGUCGGCUGACCACAACAUGCCACGUGCUUCUUCAGAUCUGUCCUCAGGUACAGUGCCAGAUUCCUCGCCAUCAAAUGAUUCUCGCCUUGGUGCUCUGGUGAUUCCUUCUACUACAGCGUUCUCCCGGAAAUUUCCUUCAGGCAAAGCUCCAUCUCUGGGAGAAAGAGAAGAAAAAGAGAAUGACUGUAAGAACCAAAAUAGUCAGUUUUCCCUGAGCCUCUCAGAAAACCCAAAGAGUAAUGAUAAUCGUGUGCCUGUAGAUGGAGUGGUGGAUGUUGUCAAAGGCCACUCACACCUUCUUUGCGGGGAUGGAAAGGUAAAAGGAAAAGUGAGACGACAUAUAUCCUAUAUUGAAAAGUUAAGCAAAACAGAAAGUUGUUCAACACCCACAAGUGACCGCCAUCACCUGGAGGAGAACCAAAGCCAUUCCAAGGCUCCUGAGCUUCACACAGUUUAUUGCACCUUACCGAGAAAAUCGGCCGGUUUUCUCAUCAAUAGCAGGAAGUCUGAAAGUGAGCUGGCGGCUUCUUCGUGUAGGAGUGAGCCACUUCCAUUCCAGACCAACCAGAUCGUGGAGGACCCAGCAGGGAAGUGCACGCCAAACAAAUUCAGUCCCGGCUCUUGUGAGUCGGAAAGCAAAUGUGAAAUAGUGUCAGACUCAGUCUCAGUGGCACCUGAAGCCUCAGAGGGGACGACAGGUGCGACGAACACUGGGUCUGCUUCUGUUAGAAAAGGACCACUUCCGGUCAUCAUCAAGAGAGCUGCGUCCUGCCCCUCGGGGGUACCGUACCCCUCAGCUGGGAGAGAGGAGAGAGGAGACACAGAUGCUUCUGCCGUAACACAAAGGCCUUGGGAGAGACUCAUUCGCCCUCUGGGAAGUGACUCAGCUGUCCUGGGUGGUUCUUCAAGCAAAAGACACCACCAAAAGGAAUACUUUCAAGAAGGCACUGAAAAGAACGGUAAAAUUGCUGCCUCCAGAACAGGCAUGUUUUCCCAUCCAAAUGAACGCCCUUUUCCUGUUUCCUCAGAUGUGUCAGGAAAAGAAGGUGGGAAAACAUUACAUAAAUUAAAGACUACUAGUGUACUUUCUGUUUCAGGUGAUGAAGAUAAUGUGAAAUGUCUUGAGGUGGUAUCAAUAUAUUAUACUCUGCCGAGGAAGCACAGCAAAACAUUCUGUAACCUUCUUCAAAAGUACACACAAAGCAUCGAGUCACUUACAGAAUCAACGAAAGUGGGGACUGAAACGUCACCUAAAGCUUUAGAAAAAGACAAACUAAAUUACUCUACACAAGAGCAGCCAGGAACAUCUUCAUCUAAAGAUCUGAAGAUGCCGGUCAGCUCUGCUCAGGAGAACAGUCACUGUCUUUCUCGCACCACUGAAGACAUGACUGCUUCUCACUCGCCAAGCAUUGGACCCUCCCAACCUACAUUACAGGCAGUGGCUUCCACUGAGGCAGAUGCCUCUCUUCAUAAAGAGGAAUCUCAAACGAGAGAGAUUUCCCCACACAACGUGGCUAAAACACCUCCCUGUGAUCCACAAAGCAAGACAGAGAAAGGGAAAAAAUUGCAAAGUGAAACCCUUCGUACGUCAUCAAUGCUUCAGGGGGAAAACGUUACGAAAGAGAAAUCGGAAAAUUGUCAGCUAUCCAUUAAAUCAGGUAACAGUGGUCUUUCUAACCUCCCAGCCCAUUCGGAAGAGGAUGUUGAAAACUCCCAAAUCCUAAGACGCCCUGGGGGGUGUGCAGGUCGUGGCCUAGCUUUUACAGCUACUGGCAGUCUUCAGAAAGAUGUCACAGGCAUGGCUGAGGGUGAUGGUGCCAAUGGACUGCAGCCUUGGGAAGCCAAAGGGGAAAUUAGAACAGAUUUCCCCAAAAAACCUGAUAAACCACUUUCUGGCCCAGAAAGCCAAGCCUCUGCUCUUACUCUAGCCCUGUAUGAACUGCAGCUUGAUGAGGAAGCCUGUUCAGGCGAACAAGACUUAGACAGUCUGCAGUCUGAACCCAGAGCGCUAACUCAACAAAGUCAGGAGGUGAGUAUGACAGAGAUCAAGGCUGAAGAUGAACUGCAGAUGCUGGCAUGGGAUCAGCCUUCACUUCCUGGAGGAGGUAAUAAAAAUAAAACCAGCUUGGGUGACCCAGAAAAGGGGAAAAACAGAUCUUCAGCUAAACACCGACCGGCAGCCAUGUCCAAAGCAAGCAGAAAGUGUCCAGCUAAAGAUUUAAGCCCCAGAAGACACGUGGCUACUAUCUUUCCCCAAAGUGGGAACAGUUCUGGCUUCAGCACCUCACCAGAGUGCCACUCACUGUCCCCCGAGCCUACUUUAAAAUCCGCAGAAUCAACAGAUGCACACAGGUUGAGUAAUGAUGGAAUGACUGUGGAAGAAUCUGAGAACCGCCCCCAGGUUACUAUCUCCAACAGAGAAGCUGCUACACACUUGAAGAAUCAAAAGUCAAACAGCAUUUUACAACCACAUCACAACGAGUUAAAAAAUAUCUCAGAAUUACAAGCAAAGUGCCAUGAGAAUUCUAACGAUAUAACCACAGCUCAGAUUUUGGAAAGAGAGUCAGGACCCCUGGCCCAACCCACAUGGAUCAGCCUCAGGGAAGCUGACUUCCCUGACCAUCAGAGGAGGCUGAACCCUCCUCUUCAACUGGAGCCCAUAGAGAACUCUACAGUGAGCAUCCCACUGGCCAGCUGUCUGCAGCAACAAAGGAGCGCAUCAUCGCUGGAGUGGGAACCUGAGCCACAGCCCUACCGUUCAAAGAGUUUAAAAAGCAUCAAUGUACACGGUGAUCUGCUGCGCAAAAGUCACCCUCCAAAAGUCAGGGGGCGCCACUUUUCUGAAAGCGUUUCUAUUGACAAUGCCCUGAGUCGACUGACCCUGGGGGGUGAAUUCUCUAGCGACAAUGGGUACAGUCGAAGAUUCAAAUCUUUUUCUGAACUUCCCUCCAGUGAGGAAGAUGAAAGGUGGGCUUUGUACAGCGACAGGACAAAAAUGGGUCCCAGGUCUGCAACAUCUAUAUCCAGACCUAUUGACUACGGGAUUUUUGGGAAAGAGCAACAGCUGGCUUUCUUGGAGAAUGUAAAGAGGUCACUCACACAAGGAAGGUUGUGGAAACCAAGUUUUCUCAAGAACCCUGGCUUCCUGAAAGACGAUAUAAUUAACCCUCCUAACCCAACAGUGCCAGCAAGUUCAAAUUCUCCUAGUAAUCAGAUGCCACAAGAGGGUUUAUCUCCAAGCGCACCACUUAACAUCUAUGAAGAGGAUCCAGUAGACUCAGACUGUGACACAGACACAACCACAGACGACGAAUACUACCUGGAUGAAAAUGACAAGGAGUCAGAACUGUGAGGCGUUCCCAGUAAACUGCGUGAACUCCUCCACCAACAGUUUGUAAAAUGUGAAUAAAGCGUAAGUAAGUGUGUCCAUGGAAAGGGCAGGUAUAUUUUUUUUUAAAUCUAAUCUGGGCAAAUUCUCUCUUUUUUUUUUUUUCUCCUCCACACUCUGUAUCUAGAUUUCCUGAAUCCGAGGGCAACGAAUUCUUGUUUAGAGGGUUCCUCUGCUGUUUUCUUCCUCUGUGUAUGUCCUUGGCCUUCUGCCCCUCAGCCCCAACUGAAUCUCUGAUUUUUUUCACUGCCCAGUUUUUACUUUCUGCUCUACAUUCCCCUCAACUUUUUUUUAUACCUUUCAUUGCUAUUUACAACUCUAAUAUCUCAGCACAACAGCAAAACUCGUAUUGCCUCUUCCAGUCCAUACCCCAUACUCAUAACAUUAAAUUAAAUGUAGGGGUGAUGAUGAUGAAGCAAAUAUUACUAUCCUGUUUGACUCAUCAACAUUUAGGAAGUUCAGAGUUUGGGCUUUUUUAUUUUCUUUCAAAUAGAAACGGGUUUUCAUAAGGACAUCCUGUUAUCUCCAUCAUGGAGCCAAGGAGACACAUGUUUGAAGUGCUUGUUGAAUUUUUAGGUGAGGAGCUGAAUCCCUAGCAAGCCAAAGAACAUUAGUACUCCUAGGAGUGCCUUUGAAAUGGUUUGUAGGAUGGUACGGAGGGCGGCUUGGCCACAGAAUUUCUGCUUAGGAAGGGAACAUACCUGGGGAGACAUCCUUACAUCUAAGGAUUUUUUUCCAUUUCUCCAGAACCUUCUAUUUUAAAAUUUUCUUUAUUUUCAGGCUAGAACACUUUUUCCAUGUGAUAGAGACAUUUUAGUCACAAGUGGUAGCCUUGGUCAGGUCCCUGAAGUACUACCAAGUCAGAUCUGACACUUUGGGAUUCGCAGGCUUCUUUACCAGAUGACUUACCAAAUCCUCGGAAAUUAAAAGUCUGAGCUUCUAAGGGCUUGUCAUUGAGGUUCCUUCAAUAACUGAUCUAGACUAAAUAGCCCAUCAUAUACACUGAUAACUUGGGUUUCCUAACUCUUUUGUUGCCGUGCAGAACUUCUGGGGGUUUCUUUCCUCCUAAUGGAGAUAAAGACCAAUAACUAGGUGGCAGUGAAGCUAAUUUGCUAGAACUACAGAAAUCGUGUCAUCCUGGACCUUGGUACUGUGAGGGUCACGUGAGUGGAUUUCGUCUUGUUUGGUUUAUAUUUGCUUCCUGGUCUAAUUCAAGUUUCCAUUUUUCUCACCUAGUGUGUUUCACCCAUAUAAAUUAAGGAUAAUGGUAGGUGUUGGGGAAGUGUACAGAGAUCUGAUAGAAGUCCAAGAAAGGACUACAUUAUUAUUAUCCUCUGAAUCAUUGCCUUGCCGGGAAGCAAAAUGCCAGGGCUAGCUCACAUUUUUCCCACGAAACUCAAAACUAAUGAAAAUGUGGUAAAUAACAUGAAAGCUAUUUCUUAAGUCCAUAAAUUUUCUUAAAAUUCAAGCUCUGACCAAUCCUGAGCUCAAAGAGACUGAAAUAGAAUUUUAAAUCAACCGUUCUAAACAUUUCCAUUCAAAUUUGUAUGGUAAAAAAAAUAAAUAACAUUUUAUUCUUUGUUUCAUGUAUGUUUGUAAAUUCUACCUUCCUUUUUUUUCUACUUAUCUGAUUAUUUAGGUAAAAUUUCAUAAACCAUGACCUGUGUUUUCUGUGUAAGCUUGAAAUAUUCAAAGCUAAUGCUGUAAUGUUAAGAUUCUUGGUUUUUUAAAUGAUCAGCUUGCAAGUUCUCUUUUGGUAAAUGCUCUUGAGUCUACAUGUAUGUUACAGUAGUGAAAUGAAGUUAGAUUAAAUUUCACUGAAUUUGGGCUAUAUCGACAAUUAGGUAAGGUAAGGUAAGGAUAAACAACUACUUUGGGGCCCUAUUUCUCUGCACUAGAAUCUAAUAUCUGAAUUCAAUAAUAAUUGGUGGCCAAUGUUCACCUGCACCGUUUGUAAGGUUUGCUUGUUGGUCUGGCUCAAGAAUCAAGAAAACAGAAAAUUCAUGAAAAUAGCCCCUUCUACAGUUUUAUACUUUUAUAAGACACUUCGUUAAAGAAGUACAGCAAAUAUCUAUGUAUUUUAACAUACAAACUGCUGCUUUUUAAUAUUCAUUUUGGUAUCACUAUAGUAAUUUAUAAUAGUAAUUUUUAUACCCAUAACUUCUUUUCUAAGAGAUAUAAUCAUCGUUUAAAGUAUUCACAUAAAUGGAGUAAGUCAUGAGGGAAUCAAUACUAAUAAGUAGGUGGUAAGUUAUUAACUUGUUUAGAUAAUGGACUUCUAUAUCCAUAAAUUUUACCUGUAAAGUCCACUUAAAAUGAAAAUAAUGAGAUAAUGAGAUUAUUUUAAUUUUUAGAGUCUUCCCUCUAAAUAAUUUACCCCUUUUCAUUGUAAAUACGUUGUUGUUAAUAAAACUCCAACUGCUACUAACAAGGUUUUGACUGAUGAUAAGCUAAUAAAAGCUACUUUGUUUAAGAGAUAAAUGUGUGCCUGUGCUGGGGGUGGUGCAAGGAAGUCCACUAAGGUUGUGGGGAAGAUAGGAAUUACACUGGAAAACCCACACCUCUGUAAAAGUAAUGCACUCUGCUGAAUGCCAGAGGGUCAAAGAAGCCUUACUGCUGAAAGUGUACUGUUAGGAAUAAAGCUUCAGAAUAUCCCAUUGAAAGGUACAGUGUAAAUAUGAAAAUGUUUCAUUUUGAUGCUCUUUGUGGCUGGCAUUUCUGUGUUUCUGAAACCUACAAUAAGCCGUAAGCACUUCCGUUAAACUGUUUCCAAUAAUCCUUUAUGUCCUUGUUCUCAGACGUGUUCUCUAGAUAUGAAGCGUGUUAGACAAGGUUCAAAUGCAAAACAAUGCCUGUGUUAAAAUAAAUGAUUUAAAUCGUU